UGUGCGUCUCCGUCUCUCUCUCUGGAUAUCUCUUUCUUUGCAAUCAAGCCAGUUCGGGAAAAAAAAGAAGAGAAUCGUCGCCGGAAAAGAAGAAAGCUCUAAUGGAUCCACAGCUCACAGAAGUAUCGCAGCAGUUGGAGAGGUUCAAGGCGGCGUUUGUGAGGAAAGAUUACAAUACCUGCUCUGAUCUCUUGUCUCGUCUUAAGGUUCUUCUGACGAAAUUCACAAGUCUUCCUCCGUUGUUUGAGAAUACUCCAAAUGCUGCUCAGGAGCUCGCCAUUGCUAGGGACAUUUAUGAGCACGCUGUUGUUCUCAGUGUAAAAACUGAGGAUCAAGAUGCUUUUGAGAGAGAUUUCUUCCAGCUCAAACCCUACUAUGUCGAUGCCAGGGAUCGUCUUCCACCGUCUCCACAGGAGAAUCUUAUCCUUGGUCUCAACCUCCUCAGGCUGCUCGUGCAAAACAGAAUUGCUGAAUUCCACACCGAGCUCGAGUUGCUCUCCUCUGCUACACUUGAGAAUCCUUGCAUCAAGCAUGCCGUUGAGCUUGAGCAGUCCUUCAUGGAAGGUGCCUAUAACCGUGUCCUCAGUGCUAGACAGACCGCACCUGAUGCUACUUACGUCUAUUUCAUGGACCUUUUGGCAAAGACCAUUAGAGACGAAAUAGCUGGAUGCAGCGAGAAAGCUUAUGAUUAUGUCUCUAUCAGCGAUGCCCGGCAGAUGUUGCUCUUCUCUUCUGAUCAAGAACUCUUGACCUAUGUCAAUGAGGUAAUACAACAAACA